AUGACGGACGAGAAUGAAGAAUUCAACAAUAAUAUUAUGUAUAGCGAUAAUGCAGAAUUAGAAGUAGAAGAGAGGGAUAGUAUUGGUAAAAAUACGCCUAGGAUUAUUAAAAGAAUCAGAGAAACGGAGGAGAGUGAUGACGAGUGGAGGAUUGUGAAGGGAAAGGGCAAGAAAAAACGAUUGCACGAGGAUGAGAGCUUAAGUACAGAAACAGAUAUCGAGGUAUACAUUAUAUGCAGUGAAAAGCUGCCCAAGCAAUUUGCUUUAGCACGGUUAUUCAAAGAAAAUUGGAAUUACUAA